ACUCACAAUCAACCAAGGCACCAAGCCAGCUCCCUCGACCAGGUUCCCCAAGCCCCCGCCGCCGCCGCCCCUAAGCUCCCCUCCCACGUCCAGGUCCGGCAACGACGCUCAAGGCUCCCUAUCCUCCGCUUCGUCCACCCCGAAUUCCCCCUGCUGCCUGCCGUGUCGCCGCUUCCAGUACUGGCGGCCGUCCUCUCCGAGAGCCGCUAACUUUCGCGCCACCACGAGCCGGGUAAGAAGAUGGUGAAGGGGAUGCCCAAAUCAAGACCUAUCAAAGCGGCGGCCGAGGUGGUCUUCGACCCGUCCGUCUCUGGCCCCCGGAAGCCGCGCCGCGCCGAGGCGCCCUCGUCGAGCAGCGAGUAUCACCACUUCAUGGGGUCGAGUCUUUCAAAUAUGUACCACAAGCCAGCUCCGGCGAAAUCUACUGACAUGUCUGAUGAUGAGCCUGACAUUGAUAUUGAGAAGUUGUUGAAAGAUGUCGAGCUUUUCGGUGCCACUACAUGGAAGGACAAAAAUAAAAUACAGAACCGCAAAGUAGUUGAACUGGGCGGAAAGGCCAUCAAGAAGCAGCGUACACCGUUGUCUGUGGCAAUCCCAGCUAUGAAGAAUCAGCAGAAAAGAGAACAAAAGAAGAUUGAAGAGGAAAGACUGCUUGGGAUUUUUAGGAAACAAAACAAGAACAAGAAAUUUGAGAAGCUUAGACCAGAGGACCGAGUACUCAGGGCAACUGAAGGGCGCUUCAAGAAUGGUAUACUCGAUGUGAAGCACCUUAUGGGAGCACCAAAACCAUCGUCGUCGUCAUCGUUCAGAGAUGCGCCAGAGCGGGAGAUGAGAAAGGGCAAGAAAGGGAAAGGAAAGGUAAAGGGGAAGGGGAAGGGGAAGGGAGGCCGAAGGAACAGACGUUGAUGGAACACCUUCGUAGUGUUUGUGCCAAGAUAGAUGCACGAAGAAGAGGCAUUAAGCUGACACCUUGAACCGUUUUUGCAUCGAGAUAUCUUCGGUGAUACUUGUAUCUUAAGUAAUCUUUCAGACCAAGUGACCAUCCUAUGUUACGUAUAUUUUUACAAGCAUGUAUUUCUUUUUCCUCCA